AUGGUGGACCGGGGCCCUCUGCUCACCUCGGCCAUCAUCUUCUACCUGGCCAUCGGGGCGGCGAUCUUCGAGGUGCUGGAGGAGCCGCAUUGGAAAGAGGCCAAGAAAAACUACUAUACGCAGAAACUGCAUCUGCUCAAGGAGUUCCCGUGCCUGGGCCAGGAGGGCCUGGACAAGAUUCUGCAGAUAGUAUCUGAUGCUGCAGGACAGGGUGUGGCCAUCACAGGGAACCAGACCUUCAACAACUGGAACUGGCCCAACGCAAUGAUUUUUGCAGCCACGGUCAUUACCACCAUCGGCUAUGGCAACGUGGCCCCCAAGACCCCCGCCGGGCGCCUCUUCUGUGUCUUCUAUGGUCUCUUUGGGGUGCCGCUCUGUCUGACAUGGAUCAGUGCCCUGGGCAAGUUCUUCGGGGGACGUGCCAAGAGGCUGGGCCAGUUCCUCACCAAGAGAGGCGUGAGCCUGCGCAAGGCGCAGAUCACGUGCACGGCCAUCUUCAUCCUGUGGGGCGUGCUGGUCCACCUGGUGAUCCCACCCUUCGUGUUCAUGGUGACCGAGGAGUGGGACUACAUCGAGGGCCUCUACUACUCCUUCAUCACCAUCUCCACCAUCGGUUUCGGCGACUUCGUGGCCGGUGUGAACCCCAGCGCCAACUACCACGCCCUGUACCGCUACUUCGUGGAGCUCUGGAUCUACCUGGGGCUGGCCUGGCUCUCCCUCUUUGUCAACUGGAAGGUGAGCAUGUUUGUGGAGGUGCACAAGGCCAUUAAGAAGCGGCGGCGGCGCCGGAAGGAGUCCUUCGAGAGCUCCCCACACUCCAGGAAGGCCCUGCAGGUGGCAGGGGGUGCGGCGUCCAAGGACGUCAACAUCUUCAGUUUUCUGUCGAAAAAGGAGGAGACUUACAAUGAUCUCAUCAAGCAGAUCGGGAAGAAGGCAAUGAAGACGGGCGGGGGUGGGGAGCGGGUCCCAGGGCCGGGCCUGGGGCCCCAGGGGGGUGGGCUGACAGCCCUGCCCACCUCCCUGACCCCCUUGGUGGUCUACUCCAAGAACCGUGUGCCCAGCCUGGAAGAGGUGUCCCAGACGCUGAGGAGCAAAGGCCACGUGUCUCGGCCACCAGGGGAGGAGGCCGGGGCGGGGCCCCCUGAGGAGGGCUCCCCGACCUCUGAGGUGCUCAUUAACCAGCUGGACCGCAUUAGCGAGGAGGGCGAGCCGUGGGACGCCCAGGACUACCACCCGCUCAUCUUCCAGAACGUCAGCAUCACCUUUGUGAACGAGGAGGCCGGCCUCUCGGACGAGGACACCUCCAAGUCCUCACUGGAGGACAACCUGGCUGGGGAGGAGAGGCCCCAGGAGGGGGCCACGGCCGAGGUGCCCCUGAACCUGGGCGAGUUCCCCUCGUCGGAUGAGUCCACCUUCACCAGCACUGAGUCAGAGCUCUCCGUGCCUUACGAACAGCUUAUGAACGAGUACAACAAGGCAAACUGCCCCAAAGGCACGUGAGGUGGGGCCGGCUCCCCACCCCACCUUCCAUGGCUUCUCUUCUCCUCAACCUGGGGUGUCCUGCUAUGGCUGGGACCCUGGCCCCUGGUGGGGUGUGGCCCUGGAACUGGGAGUAGGGGGCCAGGGGCCUUCCUCACCUUCAUCCCCUGCAGCUAGAUGCUACCGGUCAGACACGGUGCACCCAGGACAGGGCCUCUGUUCCUCAGCGGAACGGGCGCCCUGGCAGCGGGAGGCGUCUGUCCUGAGCAUGGUUGGGGGAUCUGGGGGUUCACGGACACGUGGGCUGGCAGGACUGAUCCCGGGGAGGCCUGCACCUGCGUGGGUCUUUGCCCAGUCAUUCGGUUAAGACUGUCUCACGGUUCUCUUAGGUUGGGGGCCUUGGCCGUUUGAGUUCACCAGUAUUAACAGGUUGCUGUGCGCCCAGCA